AUGCCAGAGACGUCGCGCCCUUCGCGGUCUCACAGGCCUCGAGAGCGAGAUCGACAACGGAAUGGGCAAUCGUCGAAAAAGAAUGGACACAAGAAAAAACGGUCAUCAGGGUCGCGCCGACCAGCUGCUGGGACGGAAGAGGCUCGGGAUCGAAGUUCAAAAUCAUUAUCAGCAGGGGCUCUCGCCGAUCUGGACAGAGAGAAUGCGCGCCAAAAGAAACGAAGCGAACGAGCAAGUCGAGCCAACAGAGACGAAUCCCGAAGACCAGUCCGAGCCAGCAAUGAUGAACACCGAAGACGAGACCGAGACCGAGAACGUGACCGGGAUCCGGAUAGGCCACGAACUCAUCGCAAGGGGAAGAAGCGACGAGUUGUGAGCGGAGCUAUCAUGGAAGAGGGAAGAGCACACACUGAGCUGAGAGGUGGCGGGGGAAGCAUCGAUAGUCUCGAAAAGGACUUUUACCAAAGGGAACGACCGAAAAAGAGCAAGAAAAAGCUAUGGAUUGCUCUUGGUGUCAGUGCUGUCGUCCUCAUCAUCAUCAUUAUAGUGGCAGUGGUUGUGAGCAACAAGAACAAAGGGAAAGGAGGAGGGGGUAGUGACGAUAGUGGUGAUUCAGACAACUCGAGUGGCGACACAUCAGGACUCGAUGGCAUGGAUCGCAAGGAUAUACCCGACAAGUGGAAGAACACAUACCUCGAUCCUUGGACAUGGGAAACGACAACCGACUUCAACGUCACCUUUACCGACGAGAUGGUUGGAGACUUGCCAGUCAUGGGCCUCUACGAUGACUGGGACGACUCGGCACGGGCAAACGACAAGGUUCCGCCACUGAACAAAGCAUGGGGUUCUUACACCGAAAAGCCUGCUCGGGGAGUGUGUAUAGGAGGGUGGCUCUACCUGGAGCCGUUUAUCACGCCUUCUCUGUUCAACUACGACACUGAUGAAGGCAUUGUUGACGAAUGGACAUUGUCUGAAAAGCUGGGUGCUGAUGCAGGAGCAACACUAGAGAAACACUACGCAUCGUUCAUCACGGAGGAUACCUUCAAGGACAUCGCCGCUGCCGGCCUUGACCACGUUCGAAUCGGUUUCAACUAUUGGGCCGUCCAAGUAUAUGAUGGAGACCCCUACGUGUUUCGCACCUCGUGGCGAUACCUGUUGCGUGCCAUCGAGUGGUGCCGCAAGUAUGGGCUUCGAGUAAACCUGGACUUGCACGGUAUUCCUGGCAGUCAAAACGGUUGGAACCACAGUGGUAGAUGGGGAAACAUUGGUUGGUUGAACGGAAAUGAUGGAGACGAGAAUGCAAAGCGAGCUCUCGAGAUCCAUGACCGGCUGUCCAAGUUCUUCGCCCAGGACCGCUAUAAGAACAUCAUCUCGCAUUACGGCCUCGCCAACGAACCUCGAAUGACCUUUCUCAAGACGAGCGAAGUCAUCCAGUGGACAGAGGAUGCGUAUAAACUUGUGCGCAAGAAUGGCGUCAAGGCUCUUGUUGUGUUUGGAGACGGUUUUAUGGGACUCGACAACUGGCAGGGCGUGAUGACUGGCUACGAUGACAUGAUCUUGGAUGUUCACCAGUACGUCAUCUUCAACGAGAAUCAGAUCGACUUUACGCACAAGGAAAAGGUUGAGUACGCCUGUAAGGGGUGGACGGAGCAGGCUGAGAGGAGCAUGGAUACAACGACAGGUUACGGACCAACCAUGUUUGCUGAAUGGUCACAAGCCGACACAGACUGUGCCAAGUUCCUCACGGGCGUGGGCUGGGGCAACAGAUGGGAGGGCACGUACGACACGGGCAGUUCAAACACCUCGAUCCUGACGCCUCGGUGUCCCACCAAGGACAAGAAGUGCUCGUGUGACCAAGCCAACUCUGCCCCCGACAAGUGGAGUGCCGAGUACAAAAAGUUCCUCAAGAUGUUUGCCGAGGCCCAGAUGCACAGCUUCGAGAAGGGCUGGGGCUGGUUCUACUGGACGUGGAAGACGGAGAACAACUACCAGUGGAGCUACGAGGCUGGUCUCAAAGCGGGUGUUUUGCCCGAGAAGCCUUGGGACCGUGAUUUUGACUGCGACAAGGAUGUUCCUGAUUUCGACGAUCUGCCAGAGUAUUACUAG